UCCUGCAUUUUUUUCCGGCUCCUCAUGGCAUGCUGAGUUUGGGAGAUCAGUAGGGAGAUGCCACAAAAACGCUGACAGGCUAUAACACUCUCAGAGACACACAGCAGUGCGUCCCAGUCAACGCAAGCAUCCUCAGUGCAGCCCAGCAGAGCUCUCAAGUUUGGACCCGCCAAGAUUAAGAUGCUGGUAUCAAGCCUGGUACUGCUGAUGGUGGUGUUUGCCAGAAGGGUUGAGCCGUAUAUUGCACAAUAUCGGGAUGUGGGCCAAGACACUUAUGAGCCCAGAGAAAACCAGAGAUCCCCAGAAAACUACAGAGAUGGCAGUGGAACAGAGUGCAGGCGGUGUUGUGACCCUGCAGAGGAGGCCCCACAGUACGCCAGUCAAUACCCACAGUACAACAUUGUGCCACAGAUAAACAUCACCAUCCUAAAAGGGGAGAAGGGAGACAGUGGCGAGCGAGGACCUUAUGGAAAAACUGGCAAGUCUGGGCAAAGUGGCCCCCGAGGCCCUCAUGGUGUGAAGGGACACAAGGGCAGCAUCGGUUCUCCCGGAGAACCCUGUAAGUCCUACUACGCUGCCUUCUCUGUGGGCCGCAAGAAGGCUCUGCACAGUAACGAUUACUACCAAACCAUGAUCUUCGACACAGAGUUUGUCAACUUGUACGGCCACUUCAACAUGUUUACGGGCAAGUUCUUUUGCUACGUCCCCGGCAUCUAUUUCUUCAGCAUCAACGCGCACACUUGGAACCAAAAGGAGACAUACCUGCAUCUAAUGAAGAACGAGCAGGAGAUGGCCAUCUUGUACGCUCAGCCCAGCGAUCGCUCCAUCAUGCAGAGCCAGAGCCUCAUGCUGGAGCUGGAGAGGGACGACCAGGUGUGGAUUCGGCUCUAUAAGGGCGAGAGAGAGAACGCGGUGUUCAGUGAUGACUUUGACACCUACAUCACAUUUAGUGGCUACCUUAUUAAAGCAAAGUCAGAGGGUUAAACAGAGACAAUCUAUGGACAGCGGGGAUUUAUGUAACACUGUUUAUUACAUGAGAUGUAAUUUCUUGUUAUUCCUUUUUGUAAUAUAUUUUUAACAUGGUACUUCAGGAGGAACCUUGGCUCAUUUUUAUGACCCUGUACUGUGUGUCUGACCAUCUUUAACUUUGUUACAGAGGCUGGUGCUAACAUGACAAACGUGGUAAAGGUUAUUUGUGCUAGAAAUAUUAAAAUCAAUACAAAUCUAUAUCUACAAUCAUAAAAAAAAGACAGUAUCAUAUAAAGACAACAGUAUCAUAUUUUUAAGAGAUUUUGCACUACAUGCUGUUUUCAUGUAUAGAAAUAUGAGUAAUCAUUUAACAGAUUACUUGAAAUUAUUGCAUUAUAUCUGUUAUAUAUCCGGCUGCAAAUCAGUAUUAAAUUGAUUGUAGAGAACAGAAUGGUGCUACAAUUAUAAUUUCAAUUUCAGUUCAACGUUCAUAUCAUUAAAUCAACAGUUUAAACAACUACAAGUAUAUACAAUUAAUAACGAUCACUCAAUGUACUGUAUUAUAAAUUGGUAAGAUUUCAUGGUCAUAUCAGUAUAUAUGUUAUAAAUUUGAUAAGUUAAUCAAAUGUAUACUUUAAAACAACGGAAAUAGUAAGACUACAAAAAUCUGUCCCUGUUUUGCACAAAAUCUCUAUAAAAUCAAAAAUAAUACGAACUGGACAAUUAGCACUUAACCUAAGCUCAUUAUUUAGAACAUUUCUGAAAGAACCGGGUUACUGUGGUCAACAGCAAGCUUCUAUAAAAAGACUAACAGGCUUCAGCAGGAAGCACACUUAUUACUAUUGUUCAUUUGUAAAUGUGUUCAUUGUCUAUUUUGUCAGACAAUCAAAUUGGUGACCUAGAGGUCACUGUUCAUUAAAUGUUAAAACGCUGCAAUAAAUGAGUGGUGCUGUAAAACAAGUUCAUUUAUUUCAAUAAACAGUCCUUUUAGACUACA